AUGAAUAGUCAAGAUAGUUUUGACUCUGAUAAAACUAAUUGUUCGUUCGAAAGCGAUGAAACUAACGAACAGAUAUUGCAAAAUAUACGAACAAAAGUUGAAAAUCACAUUGCAGCUGAAGAUAUUGUAGACAAAUAUGAAUUACAAAAUUACAUCGAGGUGUUAAAAGAAUUAAAGUUUUUGGACCCCAUCAGCAUAAAAUUAACCAAAAAGCUACUAAUAAUUCUCUCAAAACUCAUAAAAAAUAUGGAUGAUUUUAUAACUCAAACUUUAUCUCAGAAAUUAUCAUCGUUUGAUUCAUCGGCAACAUUAUGCACUUUUAACGACGACCAAGUGUUUCUGAAAGUUAAACCAUCAGUAACAACCCAGGAGAAUAUGGAAAGUCUUUUAAAAUUGAUUUCUAAUGAUGAAUUUCAUACGCAAAAAAAUCAAGAUGCUGCCAAUGAACAAUCGGAAGAUUUAUUUGACUGUGGUAAUAAAUUAAAUAUUGACGAAAAUAGUAAUGAUUGCAUUUUAUACCCGCCUCCUUACAUUAUCGAAUCACAAAAUAAUGAUGAUAUUAUUUUUUCUCAAGUUUGCUCCAAUGAAUUGUUUAGUGUACCGAAAAAAUCGGAAACUCAAAAUAUGAAUCAAAGUAUAGAUGACACCAAAACUUUGUGUUCAGAUGAUUUAACUAUGUCUGCUGAUGAUUUAAAUAUUAUAGAUUUUAUAGAAAAAAAAUAUUCUAAACAAGCAAAAAAAUAUGUAGGAAUCAGGGGAAGUGAUUUACUACCAGAAUCAAUUCAAAAUUCAGAAAAUAAAAACGAUUUAAAUUAUUCUUUUGAUAAUUUCAAGAAACUAUCAAAUUACCUUGAACACAAUUUAAACGCCAUAGAUUCAAAACUGAACAACAAGUUUGUUGACAAUUCAUUAAAUUCAAAUAAGUUAGCAAGUUUUACAGAUAAAGAAAAAAAUUUAAAUUUUACACAAACUAACAAGUACCAAACAAUUAACAAUUUUGCUGACAAUGAUAUGGUCUUGAAAUCAAUAAGCGAUUCAUAUGAGGAACUAAACUCAAAUUCUUAUGGAAAUUUAAGCACGAACAAAGAAUUAAACAAAUUUGCUCACAUUAAAAUGGUUUUAGACAUAAACUCAAAUGCAAAAAAUGACUCUUAUGAACAUACAAACUCGAAUUUAAACAUAAGCGCUGGUCUGCAACAAAUGUCAAUCGACGAUAGUACAAUUUCAGAAUCAACACAAACUAAUAUGACUACGCAAAAUUCUCAAAAUACGGCAUUUUCAAUGUCAGUGGAUAGUAGUUCUUCCCGAGGUUCUUCCUCAAUGGUAAACAAUGCUUCAAGAGAUGAGAGUGUUAUCCUUAUGUCUAUAAAUGAUUCAUUCAGUAUUGCUCGAUCGUUACCGAAAUUAACUCUAGCCGAUUCAUCCACUAAAAAAAAUACUUUGAAAAAAAAAAUUAUUGGUAACGAUUUUGGACCCCUUAUUAAAAAAAUGCGCUUAAGCUAUAAAGAAACUAAAACUAUAAUGUCCAAUGAUAAUCCGGGCGUUGAUAAUGACAUGAUUUCUGAGACACCUACAAUUAAUACUUUUGAAUCCAGACCAGAUUUAUUCGUAUUAGAUGAAAACAACGACCCUUGGGAAAUUGAAAAAAAAAUAUCGGAAAUCAUAGGGAAAAAGGAUAAAAUACUACAAAUAAUUUUGACGCAAGCCGAUGAACUAUUUAAUAAAACCAAAGUCUUAAAAGAACGAAAGACAAUUAUUGUAGAAGAAAAAGAAGUUAAUAUAUUCCGGAGGAACUGUUAUAGGAUUACCAAGAGAGUUAUUGAAAAAGAUAACGGUCGUGAUGACCAUAUUAUAAAUGUUUUUGGAAAUAAUAAACUAAAAUAUACAAUGAAUUUUAUGAAUAAAUAA